AUGGCGGACCAAGGCUGGGGUACGACUUCCUCGGCUGGUGACGCUAACACCUUCGGCACCGCCGAGCUGAACGCAGCCCUGCCCGCCAAUGGAAACAAUCAGGCCGGUGAUGAGCACAACGCUUCCCCCGGCUGGGUGAAGGCAACUCCCUACGACUACAAUGCCUAUGGUGUCGAUGCCACCCAUGAUUGGGAGGGCAAUGCAAAGACUUACGAGUGGAAUGGUGAGCUUGGCGACGUCGGUCCGGAGAUCCCGGCCCUUGAGGUUGAGCUCUUCGGUGAGCCGGGCAAUCGCUCGAAGCACGGCAUUGACUUCAGCAAGAUUGCUUCCAUUGAACUGUUUCAGGAAGGCCCCGCGCGUGUCGAGCCCAUCGCGACUUUCAAGGACGCCGGUCUUCACCCGGUCAUGUUGAGGAACGUUGAACUGGCCGGAUAUGAGCUGCCGACGCCGAUUCAGCGCUACUGCCUCCCGGCGAUUCAUCUUGGCUACGAUGUCAUUGGCAUCGCGCAGACAGGUUCGGGCAAAACCGCUGCCUAUCUGAUUCCCAUUCUCAACAAGCUGAUGGGCAAGGCCAAGAAACUCGCCGCCUGGCGGCCCAACCCGGCGACCUACAAGCCCGGUGUUGACGCUCCCUGCCGCGCUGAGCCUCUGGUGGUCAUCAUUGCCCCGACUCGUGAGCUGGCGGUUCAGAUUUUCAAUGAAGCGCGCAAAUUUUGCUAUCGUACUAUGCUCCGCCCCUGCGUUGUCUACGGCGGCACGGGUUCCUACAAGGACCAGGAGGCCCAGCUUCAGAAGGGCUGCGAUGUCCUGAUCGCUACUCCCGGCCGCUUGGUUCGCUUCAUGGAGGAACCUCGCACACUGACGUUUCGCCGCGUGCGCUACAUGGUGAUCGACGAGGCAGAUGAGAUGCUCGACCAAGACUGGAAGGACGAACUUGACAAGAUCAUGACCGGUGGUGACCAGGAAGAGGGAAACAUCAACUACAUGUUGUUUUCCGCCACUUUCCCCAAGGCUGCUCGGGAGCUGGCCAAGACACACCUGGCCGAGACCCAUGUGCGACUCCGUGUUGGUCGAGCUGGAAGCUCUCACGAGAACAUCAAGCAGAACAUCGUUGAGGUCCACCCGUCGAUGAAGAAGAAGUGCCUCAUUGAUCUGCUUCAGUCAUUGCCUCCUACUCGCACCAUCAUCUUCGUUAAUUCGAAGCGCACUGCCGAGGAGGUCGACGAUUUCCUCUACAACUCGGGUAUGCCGUGCACGUCAAUGCACUCCGAUCGUACCCAGAAAGAGCGUGAGGCGGCCAUGCGUGGAUUCCGCAGCGGCCAGUGGCCCAUUCUGGUUACCACUGGUGUCUCGGCUCGCGGUAUUGACGUCCGCAACGUGAUGCAUGUCAUCAACUACGAUCUGCCGUCCAUGGACCAUGGAGGAAUUGAGGAAUACACCCACCGUAUCGGUCGUACUGGUCGCAUCGGCCACCGUGGCCUGGCGACCUCUUUCUAUACCGAUAGAGAUGAACCGAUUGCCUCGGUACUUACCCGUACCCUGAUUGAAACCAACCAGGAGGUUCCGGAAUUCUUGCAGUCUUACGUUCCAGAGGGCGCGGCGCCGGGCAACCUCAAGUUCGAGGCCGACUCGGACUUCGAGGACGAGACCGCUGGCGCCGACGGUGGAGAUGCCGGUGGCGGCGGUGGCUGGGGUGCAGGCGACGAUGGUGAUGCUGGUGAUGCUGGAAACGGCAAUGGCAAUAUCGGCGGCGGCUGGGGUGCCGACGACAGCGCUGGCAAUGGCAAUAGAAAUGGCAAUACUAGUGGAGGCGCUUGGGGUGCUGACGCUAGCGCUGGCUGGUAG